AUGACGUCACUCAACUUUAUUGGUGGUGAUCGGUGGGGCUCAGUAUAUAUAUAUGGAGAUUCGAAACUCCUCAAGAAUACGCGGGCUUUGAUGCUGAACAACGCAACUGCGCGGUCUACCAUAACGGCCAGUCAUACAAGGACUGCUCUGGUGGAGAACAAAUCACCGCUAACGCAGGGCCACUCGAACACUACUGAUUCGGAAUACAACUGGUUCGGUGAAGCUGAGCGUUAA